ACUGAGUGUAUGUGUAUGGAAGUGUGUAACGCCCCCCCUCUCUCCCCUUGGGGCCGUGCAGUGUGUAUGGAGCAGUGUGAGAGCGCAGCGGCUCUGCUGGAGUCGGUCAGGGAGCAGGAGGUGCAGUUUGAACAGCUGACCCGGGCGCUGGAGGAGGAGAGGAGGAGAGUGGGCCUCUCUGCCACCAGCCCCUCGGCCCUGGGUCGCCCCCUCCCUCACACACAGAACGGGCGUUUAGGUGAUGCAGACAUAGAACGACUGAAACUCACUGACGCGUAUAUGAACGGCACACAGUACAGAAUGGUGGACCCUGCACACGGCGCUCUAGAUGAGAGCUACACUCCGGAAGACGACUCACAGGAAGUGCACUCAGUGUUUUCGGAAGAGGGAACCACAAGACGGAUGGACACAAGUCUCCCUCACAUGAAAAAACCUAUGACACGCACAGUCCUGCCCUCUGACUCCAUGUCCAUCGACGGGGGCUUGUCAGUGUCCGGUAUGGGGGGCUACAGUGCCACACUUGACCGUCCUUACAGGCAGCCUGUAGGAGGAGACUACCCGACUGCCACAGUCCCCAGAAACUACCACUACGCGCCUGUAGGAAACGCCGGGUACGACGAUUACCGGGCGGGCCCGCCGUCCGAAGCAUACACUAGCCUGAGCAGGGGCUCACACAUGGACGAGCGUUACAGGCCUGUUGAUGGCUACAGGACUCUGGAUUCUGGCUACCGGGCUCCAAGCCGUCAGCAGCUGGACCCUUACGCAGCACAGCCCCAGGUGAGCCGGGGAAUGAGGGCCUUGGGCUCAGCAUUGGAGAUGCGUUAUGGCCAAGGAGGCCACUAUGGUCUGGAGGAUGACCAGCGCAGUGUGGGGUAUGAUGACUAUGGUAUGGGACCUCCAGUCAUGCACCCUGGAGGCUAUGGAACCAUGCCGCGUCUGGGGCAGGGGCCGGGGCCUGGUACUGUGGACCGACGAAGACUCAGGAGCUGCGAGGACACUUUGGAUGGUGACAUGGGAGGAGGUGACCCUUAUGCCUGGGGCGUUCCCAUGACAAUGGAGAGAGGCAGCAUGGCUUCACUGGACAGCACAUUGAGGAAGGGUCCUCCCGCCUCAUGGAGACAGCCUGAGCUGCCCGAGGUCAUCGCCAUGCUGAACUACCGCCUGGACCCUGUCAAGACCAACGCUGCUGCCUUCCUCCAGCAUCUCACAUUCAAAAAUGACAAGGUUAAGACAGAUGUGCGUCGCAUGAAAGGUAUCCCGUCCUUGGUAACAAUGCUGGACCACCCCAGCAAGGACGUCCACCACUCGGCCUGUGGAGCACUGAAGAACAUUUCAUACGGGCGAGACCAAGAAAACAAGAUCGCCAUCAAGAACUGUGAUGGCGUGCCCGCUCUGGUCAGGUUACUGAGGAAAACCCGUGACCAGGACCUCACUGACACUAUCACAGGCACCUUGUGGAACCUCUCAUCCCACGACUCUGUGAAGAUGGAGAUUGUAGACCACGCCCUGCACGCCCUGGCUGACGAGGUGGUUGUGCCACACUCGGGCUGGGAGCGAGCGAGCAACGGUGCAGAGGAGAGCUGCAAACCACGCCAUCUGGAGUGGGAAACCGCCUUGACCAACACUGCUGGCUGCCUUAGGAAUGUGAGCUCAGAACGCAGCGAGGCCCGACGAAAACUCCGAGAGUGCACAGGAUUGGUGGAUUCCCUCAUGUACGUUGUCCAGUCACAGAUCAACCGCAAAGAUGUGGAUAAUAAGUUGGUGGAGAACAGCGUUUGCCUCCUGAGGAAUCUGUCCUAUCACGUUCACCGUGAGGUCCCCGGCUGUGAGCGUUACGCAGAGUCCGCCCCCGUCAACCAGGGACCGACCACCACUAAGAAGGGAGGCUGCUUUGGCUCUCGAAAGGGCAAAGGAAAGAAGGACGGAGAUGAUGGAAGUGGAGAUCAGGUGGACAUUCCAAAGAGGACAACACCCGCCAAAGGUUACGAGCUGUUGUUCCAACCAGAGGUGGUUCGUGUUUACACGUCGCUGCUCAGAGAGAGCAAGAAUCCCUCGGUGCUGGAGGCUGCUGCCGGUGCCAUCCAGAACCUGUGUGCUGGAAGAUGGACUCACGGUCGAUACAUCCGGGCCACUGUGCGUCUGGAGAAGGGUCUUCCCAUGAUGGCAGAACUGCUGGCUCACGGGAAUGACCGUGUGGUCAGGGCGAUGUCCGGAGCCUUGAGGAACCUCGCCAUCGACAACCGCAACUGUGAACUACUCGGUUUGCAUGCAGUGCCUCACCUUGUGGCCAACCUGCCUGGAGGCCAAAGUCAAUCUGGACGUGUUCUAUCAGAGGAAACUGUGGUUUCUGUACUGAGCACGCUCACCGAGGUGCUAGGCAACAGUCUGGAGGCUUCAAAGACUCUCCGAGCCUCGCAGGGUAUUGAGAGGCUGGUGCUGAUUAACAAGGAUGGCAAGCGUUCCGACCGCGAGGUGCGGGGGGCCGGCCAGGUGCUGCAGCUGGUCUGGGCCCACAAGGAGCUGCGUCGGCCUCUGGAGAAAGAUGGCUGGAAGAAGACGGACUUCAUGGUCAACACCAGCACCACCAACGGCCCGAGCACCCGAGCUAACGGCGCCUAUGAGGACAGCACCACGCCGCUGCUGGACAGAGGGGAAAAGAGGGACAUGAUUCCACUAAACGACCUUGGCCCUGAGGCCUACUCUACACUGGACCAGAGGGAGAGGAGACACACUCUGGAUGACACCACAGACACUUUACAGAAAAACUGAUCGUGUGCAUCACUCAGACUGGGCCGUCCCUGCCCUACCACUGCUACUGAGGAGAGAAGAUCCAAAUGCACAGACUCUCUCCCUCUCCCCACCCCCUCCUCUCUUGAUCUCCCUCUUUAUCUCUCUCUGUCUCUCUAUCACCCCGCAGAUGGGAUCAGGAGUUGGGGGUUGGCUUCCAAAGAAAGCGGUUUGUGUUGCAGACAUGCAAGUUCGGCGCAGCACAGAUACAAACCAACUUUUUACAAAUUCAUUCAAGUUGUAGCAACAAAACUAUAUUCUGUUUUUGAAUUAUAGUUCUUCUGUAAAGGCAAUCACCUUAGUUGACAAUCAUUUAAUUCUGGUGUUGUCAUCCUGCUUUUUUUUUUUUAAUGUUUUUUCUGUUGUCGACAUGUUGCUGCCAACACCCAUAUCCUGAUUAUGAAUUUGUACGUAGACUUCUAUGUAGGGUAUAUACUGUAUAUAAAAAGAAAAUGGGAUUGACUGCAUUAGUUUUAGCUCAUUAAUUUAAAUCAUCCCUCUACUGGGAUUGGUGGGAGGGUGGGACGCGGCGGCAGACCGACGACGUCCCUGUAGAUUGAGAAUGUUUAUAUAGGAGUUAUUUUCCUGUCUAGAGUUAUUUUCUCUCGGUUGGGACGAGCUCAGGCGUAGACAAGAGAAGACAGGUGGGUGUAUAUUUGUCAUACAGUAAACCUGUGGCUGUGUGUGUGUGUGGGGGAAAAAUUAAUAUGGACCUUUUUGAAUGAAAGUGUGUGUGUGUGUGCAUGGACCCGACCCAUACGACCACGUGUUGAUUGUUUCAUCAGCUCGUCGUCUCUUUUUAUCGUGUGCUCCUACUCCUGUGACAAUGCUUAUUUUUUUUUUAUAUGUACCAACUGCCUCCUUUUGUGUUUGAUACUUAAAUUUCCACAUUUUCUUUUGCUCCCCCUGUGGAAAAAUGACAGUUUCAGCUGCUGUGUUUUGACUUUAAGCAGAAACACACAUCAGACCUGUUAGUGAAAUGCGAAGCGCGGAACAUGCACCACUAAACCUCUGAGACUUUGCGACAUCCUGCUUCAGAAACCAUUCCAUGCUAUUUUAUUUAAGGUUAACACUAUGGACACAACAUGAGUCUUCAGAAGGGUCUCUCGACUAAUAUUUAUCUCUGAUUUGUCCUCAUACUGAUAAAAUACUACUUGCUCUUUCUUUGCGAUUUGUAGUCAUUGAGACGCUGACAUUUUCAUUCCUGUCGUGCCGUAUUUACAUUUACACUUGGGAGGCUUCUUCACUCAGAGGAGACUCGAGUUUUUAACAGACUGAUUUGGGAGAUGUUUCCUUUUGAAAGUUUGACAAAAAGCUCAUUUUUUGUCUUGGUUCUCUUUUUUUUGUACUUUAUUCUGUCUGGUUUGUAUUUUAUUUCGGGGUUUGUACGUGAGGGAGCGGUGGAUGCAAGAAUUAUGCAAUUAGUUCCACUUUUUAGUCCCAGUUUUACUGCUGACUUGUUUUAAAGGCAAAAGAGACCAAUCAUCUUUGUUUUUUUUACUCUCCACUCAUAUAGUAUAUUUGUACUGUUGCCUAUCCAUGUAAAACUAUGAUGUACCAUUCAUACCUGCCUUGGCUCUGAGAAGUUGCUUUUUUCAGUAAAGUAUGUAACUGGUAAUAAUGUUGUUUUUAUAAAUAAAGAUCUUUUCUUAGACAA